UACACCUCGCCCUUCCCGCUCCCCUCGCCCUUCUCCUUCUCUCCCUCCUCUUCCUCCUCCUCCUCCCGCUUACGCACCUCAUGCCCGCCCAGGUCCUACGCAUCGGGCCGAUGGCGGCACCGAACUCUGAACACGACCAAGACGCGCAUGGAGAAGGUGGACGACGUUCUCGAGUUCGCCGGGAUGGAGGGAUGCGCGGCCGACCGGGAGUACGCCUGGCACCUCGGCGCGGACAAGCCCGACAAAUGGGACCGGUUCCCGGGUGCGAUGGAAUGGGAAUGGGAGCCCGGACGCGGCUGCGACGACCUCCGGCCCAUGAGCAAGGAGAACAUGGUUCGCGACAUGGUCGAGGAAGGCGGCUGGCUUCUCAUCGGUGACUCCGUCACGGAAAACCACUUCUUCUCGCUUUCCUGCCUGCUCUACCCGCACGUCCGCGCCACGCCCAACUACACCGAAAACCCGUACUUUGACCGCGCCUGGCCACAGCACCUUUACCUCUCGCCCCAGUCCCCUCUACUCCCUUCCCUCUCCCUCCCACCCGGCUUCUCGAUCUCCUCCACCCCCCUUGUCACCUUCCGCCGCGUCGACCUCCUCCUCUCCGGCCCCGAACUCGAAUCCCUCUACGCCACCUCUCUCCCCGCCCUCGCGGCUUCGAAACCCCUCUUCUCCGACGAAAAGUACUGGAGCCUCUCCCCCAAGGAAUACGUCGACGACCUCUUCCUCCCCGGCCGGUACUCCACCCUCGUCCUCUCCACCGGCGGACACUGGACCACGACCCUCCUCUCCGCCUUCCGCGACGACUCGGCCCCCCAAGACGGGUACGGCAUCUCCGGCGUCCUCGCCUUCUUCCACGACGCCAUGGCCCUCUGGGCGUCCACCGUCCAGCGCUCGCUCGACUCGUACCGCUCCGGCUCCGAAUACGACGACCUCGAGGGCGCCUCGGGCGCGACCCCGAACGCAGCAGCCGCCGUCCCGAAACGCGUCGUCGUGCGCGCGUACCUCCCGGGGCACGAGGACUGCCACGAUUACGGCGAACCGUGGACGGCGGUCAAACCCAUGCGCUGGAACUGGUACAACUGGGCGAGCAUCAAGGAUUUCAACAGCAUAUUCGAGACGCUGCUCAACGGUGGCGAGGGGAGGAGGAGGUACCCGGAUCUGCACUUUCUGCCGAUCGACAGGCCGGCGCUGCUCAGGCCCGAUGCGCACGCUGCGGGCGAUUGUCUGCACAUCAUGACCGGCGCCGGCGUCCUCGAAGGCUGGUCGCACUAUAUCUGGCAUUUCGUCACGAGGGAGAUCCCGGCCAUGGUUCGGUGAAAGGCCGUGUCUCGCGCGCGUUUCACGAAGGUAUAAAUAAACGUGAACGUCGACGCCCCCGCGCUAAAGAUUUUGGAUGGACACUAUUAAUACAGUAGCUUCACCGGACACAGCAAUAUUGUUACCAAUCUCAUCUGUUUAUAUAGUGCAUCAAUUUUCCCCUCUCUUUCUACGUCUAUCUUUCCCCC